GGUCACCGUAAUAACAUCUACCAUCAGUUGUGGUUGAGAAGGCUCUGACUACUGUAUCAUCCCCAAAAAUCAUCAUGUCUAAAUUCUUAAUUAUUGUCUUGGUUGGAUUCUUGGCACUACAGGUUGCUGUUGCCAAACCAAAAGCGAAACAAGCCCAAGAGCCUUCGCAGAUCCAACAAUUAGCAGCCAAAGCUGAACAAGCCUUCCACAACGUUACAGCUGCUAUUGAAGGAAAUCUUCCCGAUUCAAAACAAGUUAUUGAUACAGUUAGCACUGGGGCCCAGAACCUCGUUGACCACUUCCAAACUUUUGCUGAUAAAAUAAAAACCGAACUGAAAAACAAUCAAGGAGAUAUCGAAAAUGUUCUUAAGACCGUUUCGGAGAAACUUCAGGAAGCCAAAGUGAAUAUCCAGAAUUCUUUGGGACCCGACGGACAAAAGAAAGCACAGGACAUCAAAAACUCCAUUGACAAGGGAUUGAAAGAUGCAGUUUCACAAAUUGACAAGUUGGGAAAAGCAGUAGAGCCAGAAGCCAAGAAAGUGAGAGAAGAUCUCCAAAAUGCAGCUAAAGUUUUCCUAGAUAACGUCAUCGAAGUCUCCAAUGAUUUGCAGGAUAAAUUGAAGAAACAGCACUGAAAAAUGCAAAAACUAUAUCAUCAUUGUGAUUUAUUUUAUAUAAAAAAAUAAAAAUUUUCAAAAAUCU